GCGGGGGCGGCGGGUUUCGCCGCGGGCCGGGCCGGCCGGGAGGGAUGUCUAUGCCUGACGCGAUGCCGCUGCCCGGUGUCGGGGAGGAGCUGAAGCAGGCCAAGGAGAUCGAGGACGCCGAGAAGUACUCCUUCAUGGCCACCGUCACCAAGGCUCCCAAGAAGCAAAUUCAGUUUGCUGAUGACAUGCAGGAGUUUACCAAAUUCCCAACCAAGACUGGCCGGAGAUCUUUGUCUCGCUCCAUCUCACAGUCCUCCACUGACAGCUACAGUUCAGCUGCAUCCUACACAGAUAGCUCUGAUGAUGAGGUUUCUCCCCGAGAGAAGCAACAAACCAACUCCAAGGGUAGCAGCAAUUUCUGUGUGAAGAACAUCAAGCAGGCAGAAUUUGGACGCCGGGAAAUUGAGAUUGCAGAGCAAGACAUGUCUGCUCUGAUUUCACUCAGGAAACGUGCUCAGGGAGAGAAGCCCUUGGCUGGUGCUAAAAUAGUGGGUUGUACACACAUCACAGCCCAGACAGCGGUACUGAUUGAGACACUUUGUGCCUUGGGGGCUCAGUGCCGCUGGUCUGCUUGCAACAUCUACUCCACUCAGAACGAAGUCGCUGCAGCGCUGGCCGAGGCUGGAGUUGCAGUGUUCGCUUGGAAGGGCGAGUCAGAAGAUGAUUUCUGGUGGUGUAUUGACCGCUGUGUGAACAUGGAUGGGUGGCAGGCCAACAUGAUCCUGGAUGAUGGGGGAGACUUAACCCACUGGGUUUAUAAGAAGUAUCCAAACGUGUUUAAGAAGACCCGAGGCAUUGUGGAAGAGAGCGUGACUGGUGUUCACAGGCUAUAUCAGCUCUCCAAAGCUGGGAAGCUGUGUGUCCCCGCCAUGAAUGUCAACGAUUCUGUUACCAAACAGAAGUUUGAUAACUUGUACUGCUGCCGAGAAUCCAUUUUGGAUGGCCUGAAGAGGACCACAGAUGUGAUGUUUGGUGGGAAACAAGUGGUGGUGUGUGGCUAUGGUGAGGUAGGCAAGGGCUGCUGUGCUGCUCUGAAGGCCCUGGGAGCAAUCGUCUACAUCACAGAAAUUGACCCCAUCUGUGCUCUUCAGGCUUGCAUGGAUGGGUUCAGGGUGGUGAAGCUAAAUGAAGUCAUCCGGCAGGUCGACGUUGUAAUAACUUGCACAGGAAAUAAGAAUGUAGUGACACGGGAACACUUGGAUCGUAUGAAAAAUAGUUGCAUCGUAUGCAAUAUGGGCCACUCCAACACGGAAAUCGAUGUGACAAGCCUCCGCACUCCAGAGUUGACAUGGGAACGGGUACGAUCUCAGGUGGACCAUGUCAUCUGGCCCGAUGGCAAACGAGUUGUGCUCCUGGCAGAGGGUCGACUGCUCAAUUUGAGCUGCUCUACAGUUCCCACCUUUGUUCUGUCCAUCACAGCUACAACGCAGGCAUUGGCACUGAUAGAACUGUACAAUGCGCCCGAGGGACGGUACAAACAAGAUGUAUACUUGCUUCCUAAGAAAAUGGAUGAGUAUGUUGCCAGUUUGCACCUGCCAUCAUUUGAUGCCCACCUGACAGAGCUGACAGAUGACCAAGCAAAAUAUCUGGGACUCAACAAAAAUGGGCCAUUUAAACCUAAUUAUUACAGAUACUAAUGGACCAUGUUGCCAGUGACCAGCCCACAUGAACCACACAACUCUAAUAGAAAUAUUUUUAAGUUAACUUUUUAUUUUCUUCUUAUUCCUCUCUUCUUGAUUUUUUUUUUUCUUAAUUUCAUCCUCAUUUUUUUUUUUUUAUCCAUUAUUGAAGUUUUGCAGAACACACAGGAGCUUGCUUCAUGGCUCUUUAGAUGAAACAGGUUUAAGGUUUCUCACCCUAGUCACUAGAGAAAGAUUGUACUCUCCCAGCCCAGAAAGCUGAUUCUUUCUUAACUAUUUCUGGGGACUUUGGUCUUAACUAGGUACCUUGUUAACAUGAAAUGCUAAGGUACCAUCUAUGUGGAACAAUCUGUAAUGUCUAAAUUGCCUUAAAAGAGCCUAUUUUGUAGCUACUGAUGAAAUCAGGGCUCUCCCUUCUUCAGAGGAGCCAGGAUGGCACUUAACAGCAGGUAGGUUAGAUGUAGGUGGUGCAUGUCCGUUUUCCUUAGUUCUGAGCCCUGUUUCCUGUGUAAAGGUGGCGUGUCUGGCUCAGAAAUGUGCUGCUUGGUACACCUCAGUAGGCCCACUUGGUUUUAUAGUGCAGCCCUUCCACCAGUCUCAUUGUUCUAGUUUUUAACUAAACUGCAUUCUGUCAACUUGAAUUUUGUCCCCUAGCAUUUAUUUCUGUUGUAUUUCUUUUAAUUAAGGAAAUUUUUGAGUGUUGCCACUGAGAAACUGCUCAGGUGGUUAGUUACCAGUUUCUUUUUAGAACCUUUACAGAAAGAGUGACGUCUAGGAAAAUGCUAGUCUCCAACUCUGCUGAGUCCCUGUUUCUAGCCCAUAGUUUAUAGCAUCAGUGAACUGGAGCCACAAGCAAAACUUCUCAGCUCUGCCCCUACAGCGUAUGCCGAAGGCCAAUUUCUCUAGUCAUUACUCGGCAUGAAACACUUAGGGUUUAUCCUUUAAAAACAAGUCUCUGGCCAGCUGUGCUUCUGCGACCUGAAAUAAUUGGAAGGGAAGUAGGUGUGGAUGGGAAGAAGAAUGAACAUCUAAAUUGUGCAAUCUGUCUGGAACUGCAGGUUCCAAUACUUUUAUAGAAGUGGUGCCAUUUUUAAUUGACAAAUGCCACAGAAAGUUUAUAAAAAUCUUAAAAGAACAGUCUGUAGAGAAAGUAAUCAGUGCACCCUGACUUGUGCUCUGAAGGAAACACCAGAGAAGGUCUCUUAAAAACAUCAGAGAGACUUACUCCCAAGUUGCACAUCCUGCUUACCAGCAUCUCUGCAUGGUCAAGUGAGCUUUAUGCUCAUGAGCUUUAAGUAAAUAAUUAUCCAGGAUUUUAAAACCUCAACUUGUUCUAGCUUGCAAUCCUUCAAAGUUGGAUCAUGCAUUAAUGCUAGGUAUUAGGAAUUUUUACUUCUCUCUCUCCACUGAUCAGAGAAACAGACAUUAACAACAGAAGUACAAAAAGGAAAGCUAUGGCCCUGCAGCUUCUUAGCAGGGGACUAUCUUGCCAAAACGAUUUUCCCUAUCCUCUCCCAUUUCUCCCUCCUGGUCCUUUCCUACUCCUUGCCAAUGUGAUCAUGCUUUCUUCUCUAUAGAUGCUAAUAUUUGAAGCCCCUUUUCCUAUGGCACUUACCCAGGCAAUCAGAAUCCCACAUCCAUUAGGGGAGUUAUUCUGGCCAACAGUUACCUGGUCAGAUCAGCUGGAGGGAAGAGUCCCAGGUCUUACUACCCUCUGGUCUGCCCUCUGAUUCCGUAUCUGUUACUGUGUCCUUAGGAAUAAUAGGUAAGGGCUCGUCUCUGCCAAGCCAUGUAACAAAGGACUGGAAAAUGUCUGGCAUCAGAGGGAGCAUGUGGAGACCAACUUGGAAGGAAAUUGUUCAUUUUGUAUUGAAUGGUUUUUAAUGAAUGCAAUAUUAAUCCUUGCAGAUGAGCAAUAAUCAUUAAAGUCAAUUAAAAUUAUAA